AUGGGCGACGGGCUGCCGGCAGGGACCUUCACCCGGCAGGGCUGUCCAUGCCGAACGCCUGCUGUCACGCCCGCCCCCUCUCCCUUCCCCUGGGUCGCUGCCGAACCGCCGCCCCACGGCCUGCGCGGCGGCACGGUCCGCACAGGCACUUGCGGCGGACGCCAAUAUUGGGCCGGUGAAGACCCCUCCGGCCCGGCUCAAGAGAAGAGGAAGGAGGAACAUAAUAAAAUGUCACCUGAAGUGGCCUUGAACAGAAUUUCUCCAGCACUUUCGCCCUUCAUUUCCAGUGUGGUCAGGAAUGGAAAAGUAGGACUAGAUGCUACUAAUUGUUUACGGAUUACAGACUUGAAGUCUGGCUGUACAUCCUUGACCCCUGGACCCAGCUGCGAUCGUUUUAAACUACAUAUCCCUUAUGCAGGAGAAACACUCAAAUGGGAUAUAAUUUUUAAUGCUCACUAUCCUGACCUGCCACCAGAUUUUAUCUUUGGAGAGGAUGCUGAGUUUUUGCCAGAUCCUUCUGCCUUGCAUAAUUUAGCUUCCUGGAAUCCUUCAAACCCUGAAUGCCUCCUGCUUGUUGUGAAAGAGCUUGUGCAGCAGUAUCAUCAAUUUCAGUGCAGCCGAUUACGGGAGAGUUCUCGUCUCAUGUUUGAGUAUCAGACUUUACUUGAAGAGCCCCAGUAUGGAGAAAACAUGGAAAUCUAUGCUGGCAAAAAAAAUAACUGGACUGGAGAAUUCUCAGCUCGCUUCCUCUUGAAGUUGCCUGUCGAUUUCAGCAAUAUUCCUACAUACCUUCUUAAGGAUGUGAAUGAAGACCCCGGAGAAGAUGUUGCACUCCUCUCCGUUAGUUUUGAGGACGCAGAAGCUACUCAGGUUUUUCCUAAGCUGUACCUCUCCCCACGUAUUGAACAUGCACUUGGAGGAUCAUCUGCCCUUCACAUCCCAGCCUUUCCUGGUGGAGGUUGUCUCAUCGACUAUGUACCCCAAGUAUGCCAGCUGCUAACAAACAAGGUACAAUAUGUUAUUCAGGGAUACCAUAAGAGAAGAGAGUACAUUGCAGCUUUCCUGAGUCACUUUGGAACUGGUGUGGUAGAAUAUGAUGCAGAAGGAUUCACAAAGCUUACUCUGUUGCUGAUGUGGAAAGAUUUUUGCUUCCUUGUUCACAUUGACCUACCCCUCUACUUUCCUCGAGACCAACCAACCCUAACAUUUCAGUCUGUCUACCACUUCACUAACAGUGGCCAGCUCUACUCCCAGGCCCAGAAGAAUUACCCAUACAGCCCCCGAUGGGAUGGCAACGAAAUGGCCAAGAGAGCAAAGACAUAUUUCAAGACAUUUGUUCCUCAGUUCCAGGAGGCAGCAUUUGCUAAUGGGAAGCUUUAGACAGCUUCAGGCAUGGAAACUAUACUGGACAGAUCCUUCAGUCUGCACAUGUCAGCCCAGAAGAAGGAUGCCUGGAAAUGGGUUGGACUGUCUUGAUAAGUGCUUUCUUGCCUCUGAACUGGUUUUGGUAGCUUCAGUUUUUGAAACAAAGACCUCACUAGCAUGCUUAGAACUAAAUAUUUGAUAUUAGUCCUGCCCCUUUGCCUCUGCCACCACCAUUCCUUUAUGUAUCUGUUGGAUUAAACUUAAAAAGGCGUGUAUUGAUAAGAUUACACUUUCUUGUGCCAACAACGUCCUGUAUGUUAUGCCUUGUUUCCUUGUCUUCAGAUGGUCUAAAUUGGACUGCUCUUCCCCAUGGAAAUAUGGUGUAAUGUGUACAUUUAGUUAACAUUUUCAGCUUAUCCUAAGGAAACACAAAACUGCUGUAUGUACCAGGAAUGCCUAAUGGACUGUACAGUGCCAUAUUCUGCCUCAGAGCUUUGUGUCUCACUGUGCUUACUCUCACAAGUAGGGAUAUGAGUUGCACCCUUCAAUUCUCAGUGCCUUUCCAGUUGGUCUGAAGUUAAUAUGGCAAGUUGUUUGAGGUUUGGUGGUUUUUCUAACACUUCUGUUGAAAGUUCAUUUUAUGUGAAAUGUUAGGUUUUUGCUUUAUUUCCCGUUGUACAAUUUUGGUGUUUUCCUAAUGAGUGCCCCUUGCCCUUAAAAAUGUUCUAUUUCUUUAACAUGCAAGUAACUAGUUAUAUAAACCAGUAUAACAGAAUAAAGCUCUUUCAUAGGCCUGUAAUUUUUCCAAAUAAGAUAAAUACUGCUAAGAAGCAAACUUUCAAGAAAUGAAUGAAUGGUGUCUUGGAAAAUAGCUGAUGAAAUAAUGUAGGACUAUAGGUAUUUAGCUUAAUGCUUAAGUUCAGCAUAUCUUCUCAGAAAAUAUUUUUAAGUGUAUAUAACUGGAAACAUUGCCUCCCCUAAUUCUGAAAUGCCAAAUGCAAAAUCCUGCCUAUUCAUCCUUUCUUUCCUGCUUGUGUCAGGCGCGCCAGUUGGGACUAAUGGUCACAAUGUCACUUCCCCAAUUAAUUUGUGAAUAGACCAAGGUACUUUCCAGUAAGGAAUAAAAUUAACAGAGUAUGUUGCUUCUAAAUGGUAUCUGGAAAAUAUGCCCUACUUCUGCUAAAUACAAGGAACUAAAUGAAUAGUAUGCAGAUGCUACAGUGGAACUGGAAAACAUUUUAUUUUAAAUUAUGCACUACGGCAUCACAUGCAAGGAAGUCUCGUCAAGCUACUUGAUUGGCAGUAUUCUCCUACCCUUCCUACAACUUGUUAUUUUGCAUGAAAAGUAGUGCUUUUCAGGGUUUAUAUUCACCUAGGAAAUACAGAUGGGGUUUGCGUCGUGAAGCUUAAUAAUUAAGAAUUAUGCAAAUAAUUCGCCUCUAGAAAAUGCAAGUAUUUUUAGCUAGUUUGUGAGCAAAAUUUAAUUUAUGUUUAAUGCUGAAGUUCUUGGCUGAAAAUUAAGCUGCAAACAAAAUCUGUGUUGUAAGAAUAAAUAAAAGAAUAAGAAGUUUUAUUGUAAGUCUGCAGAGAAGGCGUAUUCUGUCCCGUGACCCACCCUUUUGUGAUUCUCAGUGCAUUAUCUGAGCACUGUCAACAGUUUCAAAGGUCUAAGCCUGAAUUGCCUCUGUGGUGACGCUGCCUGAGGCUUUUGCAUGCUUAGAGCAGAUGUGGAAGGUUAUCACUGGUUGGGGGCUAUGUACAGAUUACCAAUAGGAUGGGAUUGUUAGGAAUGUGUUUUGAGUUGGUUUAUUUUUUAGCAUUAGUUCCAUUACAUGGUUAUGACAAUGGGAAGGUGUUAUUAGUUCAGAUCUUAGGCAGUAGAUUAAGAACUUAAUGUUACAAUUUACUUUAAAAGUUUUUUGACUGAUUACAAAAUGUAAAAGCAUAUUGACAGUAGUUUUAUUUAACUAUAUAAGCACUCUUACUUUUGGUUAAAACAGUGCUUGCUUAUUUUGAAAGACAAUACUUACUUGUAAGCUUUAAAACACAAUGCCCUGAGUUUUAUUAUUAAGCUUAGAACUUUUUAAUAUUUUGACAGAUAUACUUUUUUGUAGUUUAGGGAGUUAUUUUAGGUAAGCAUUUAAUACACAGACUUUUGGUUUGUUUUUAUUUUUUUACUUUUUACAUAAUGUUUUUGCUGACUUAUUUUAUGGGUGCUGCUUAGCUCUAAUUUCAGUUUUGCUGUUUCUGAGGUUUGCUUUUUAGGUUUCUUAAAACUUUCUGAUUUUAUGGACUCUCACAGAAGGUAAUAGUUUUAUGUGAAUAGCAAAAUCAUAACUGAACGACCUCAAGUGACUAAGAACAAAAUAUUGUUUGGUACACUGGGAUGGUCUCACAUCUACAUUUCUUCAGGUAAAAGCCAAAGCCACAAAAACAUGUUCAAGAAUAAGCCAACCUUGUGAAUGGAGUGGGAGAGGAAGGAUGGCUAAUAAAAAACAUUUGUUCUCAUAGUGUUCAAAAUCUGAUAGGAACAAUCUCUAGGCAUCUUCAAAAGGUAUAAACCAAACCCUUAGGUUGCAUCAGUACAUUCCUGGAAUCUUACAUUUUAAAACUUUGUCUUUGAUUCAGUGUUGUACUGAUUGCUCCAUGAACACAGCGUGUGCUUUAUAUACCUGAUUGCCCAAGUUAUUUAUUUUUUCAUCUUUUCAGAAGUUACCAUACUUCAAAGGCUAGCAAUUGCAAGAUAGUUUGAAAAGAGAUCCACUCUUCAGAAUUUAGAUUUAUUCUCAACCAAAAAUGCAUCCUUCACUUCAGUCCUAGUAAUUUUGGACAAUGAACUGCUUUAUUAUUAAAGUGCUUUAGAAGCCACAUAAGAAAGUAUUUUGAGGGUACAAAAAACCUAAACCAGCAAUUUAUUGUGUUGAAUUCAACAGUUUGACCAACUUUUCACAACAUACAUAGAAACAAGUCAAUAGUUUCAGUCUAAUUUUAAUGUCAUACUACAGUUGCUAGUAUUUUGGGGGAAAAAAGGUAGAAAAGAUGAAAAACUGUACUAUUUGCACUUAAAUUUCAGAUUAGAAGAAAAGGUGUUUUAGUACACUGAAUGAACGUUUUCUUUAUGUCAAGGUCACCCUUCACUCUUUGACCUAUAGGGAUCCCUUUCUAAUAGUUCUCAAAAGUAGAACUAUUUUAUGGGUAUUUUAUUUUCUUUCUAAUAGUUCUCAGAAGUAUUGGGAGUGUUAGCUCUCCAAAUGAGAGGAGAGACACUGAAAUGAAUGGAAGCUUCUCUCCAGGAGAAUUACCAUAUAAAUCCUGUACCAGAAGAGAGGGUUCAUUUGAAUAUGUUAAUAUCAAACCAAGUAUCCAUUGAAGGCAUUUAUGUUAGCCACAAAAGUUGGGAUCUGAUGAGUUGGAGUUAUUUCUGUUAUCUCCUGUUUUAUGAUAAUUUCCAUUGUGGCCAGUGUAACAGCUCUGACACUCUCAGCACUUCCUUCC